AAGAGGAGACGAAACUGGAGCCAUUCACCUUUGCUAUACUGCUAUCCAAGACCCGAUAUCUCUGGAGAAAAAGAAGACGACUAUCGAUAUAAAUAAUCGACUAUCGAGCUUGAAAACCAGACGAUUCCAUCAAUAAUCGACCAUUAUGGAUAACAUGACUGGUAUGACCAUGAGCAGCACGUCAACGGGGAUGGCGAUGGGAUCGAUGACUUCAACUGCAUCUGCUGCUAUGAGCAGCAGUACCGGCAUGAAUAUGGGUAGUAUGAGCAUGGAUAUGGGCGGUGAUUGCAAGGUUUCGAUGCUUUGGAACUGGGAUACUAUCGAUGCAUGCUUCCUCUCCAAAUCAUGGCACAUCACAUCCCACGGCAUGUUCGGCGGCUCCUGCAUCGGUGUAAUCUGCCUCGUUCUCGUUCUUGAACUCCUCCGGCGCAUAGGCCGCGAAUACGACGCCUACAUCGUCCGCCGAACCACUAUCCAACGAUACCAUCUCGCUACCACCACCACCACCACAACUCCAUCAUCUCAUAACGCCAGCUGCUGUGGUCCCGAAUCCUCAUCAGACGAAACCAACGCACUCACAAAACAUUCAACCCCCAACGCAAACGCAAACAUCAUACCUCCCAUGGCCCCGAUAGGGAAAACAGGCCCGAUUCGCCCGACGUUCUUUGAACAAUUAGUUCGUGCUACAUUGCACAUGCUCCAGUUCGCAGUGGCGUAUUUCAUUAUGUUGCUCGCGAUGUAUUUUAAUGGAUAUAUCAUUAUUUGUAUUUUCAUCGGGGCGUUUUUGGGUGCGUUUUUCUUCUCCUGGGAGCCGUUGGGGGGUGCGCGUGGGGAGAACGACGCAACUAGCGUAACUGCAUGUUGUGGAUGAAAUGAAAAAGAAAAGAACUUAUACCCAGAACACAUCCGGGAUAUUUCCUUUUCUUCAUUUCCUUUCUCCCCCUUCUCUGUAUACAUCUCUCUCUCUCUAAUUACCUUCCUUCCUUCUAUUCCCCUCCCCUUCUCGGAUUACAAUCAAUACAAUACAACCAUUUCCUAAUAGAAGAUAACAUGCCUAAAUAACCGAUCUGAUGAAAGAUAAAGAUCUCAACUUAUGAAUUUCCAGUUUCAAGACUAGAGCGGAACUGUGCUGUGCUGUACUGUACCUUGCAUGGAUGAUUUAAGAAUAGUUUUU